CAAUUUGCAAAGAAAAAGACACUAGAGAGAUCCACCCGAGAAGGCAUAUUCUCAAACUUGCACAACAUGUAAAAAACACAUUAAAAGGUUCAAAAGACAACUUUGAAAACCUAUAUUUCCACAAAAACUCUUAUCCGAACUCGAAAGAUAGAUUGAUCAUAUCAUAUAAUCUUUAUGGUGACAGAAGCUAUGAAAGCCAAGGCAGAGGUGUAUCAUGGAGACAAGACAUGCAGAGAGAAGUUCGGUUCGCUUUUAUCCGGAAUCGGUUUACCUAACCGGCUUCUUAGUAACAAGGAGAUCGAAGAAUGUGGUUACGUGAAGGACACAGGUUUCGUGUGGCUAAAGCACAAGAAGAAGAAAGAAGAAGAUCAGAAAAGGAGGUAUCAAGACUUGUUUAGAUUCGAUAACGUUGUGGUAUGUUUUGAAGAUGAAGUCACUGCGUACUUCGAACCUAACAAGAUCAAGAAACUCACUGGGGUUAAGGCUAAGGAGUUCGUGGUCUGGAUCUCGCUCGAUGAGAUUCAUGUGAACCGGUCCACUAGUUUGAUUACAUUUAAGACACAGGUCGGUUUAUUGUCUAAAUCAUUGCCCUUGUCCGUGUUUGAAGACGUUCAUGAUGAUGUCAAGGAGAAGCCAAAAAAGGUUCAACAAAAAUUCAACAACACCAAAAUGUAUUUGUACUAGCUAAAACAAAAACAUAAGAAAUCAACUGUUUAUUCAUUCUCUAAACAUAUAUAUUAAAUUGAUUUCGUCUA